AUAGGCUUUUUUGAGUUUGGGCAAGGACACAGGGGCCCCAUGAUCCCCUAUUGCCCGGGGGCCCCAUGAGUUGUCAGUCCGCCCCUGAUUGGAACAUGAGUGCAAUAUCUGGCACCUAAGGUGUUAAUCCUCUGCAUUGUGUAAAAAGGCUGCUUGAUCCUGGCUUCUCUGACCCUCCCAAUCUUCCAGUGUCCCCCUCUUAUCUCCUUAAAAGACAUAUGGUGUGGAGACACUCUGCACAUGCUCAGUUUGGUGCGUAUUGCUAGAGAGGUUAUUUUUUUUUCUUCGGAGGGUGCAUGUGAUCAGCACAGGGCCAAUCAGCACUGUGCAUACAGAGGUCAGGGGCUCUGCAUCCUCCUACAAGCUUUAACAUGUGCUCUACUGGACACUGAUAGAAGUCACAAGACUGCUGUAACUGCUGAUGAGAAAAGGUAUUUAGCAGUUUAUAUUUGCUAAAACAAUUGCAUUUCCAUGUUCUGUGUACUGUGGGAGACCAGAUAU